UUGCGUGCUUGUUGCGAGAGUAGAAGAGGGCGCCGCGAAAUUGUACAUUUCACACCGGACUGGCGCUGCUGUCGAGGCGGACUCUGAGGCGCUGAAAGCUCGCCGCCCUUCCAACACAACGCCUGUCACGUUAAGUAACCGGAGAAGGACGUCGACAUUGGCUUGGACGGCCGCUCGCCCAGGUGACAACUGCCAAUUGCUAAUUGUAAUCUCCCCGGGACCACAUUAGCCGGGAGAGCGGGGAGUCCUCUUGUAGAGCAAGAAGGAUUGGAUUGGUGUCUUGGUGCCGGGUCGUCCGGAGAGAGAACUCAUGAAUGGAAAGCGGAACAACAGGAGAUGCUAGAGCACAAGCCCUCUUUUCAUUGCCACGGCGACCUGGCUAUGGCACCAUCGGGAAGCCCAUCAGGCUUCUCGCCAACUGCUUCCAGGUCGACAUCCCCAAGAUCGACGUCUACCUCUACGAGGUGGAUAUCAAUCCUGACAAAUGUCCUCGCCGGGUCAACAGGGACGUGGUGAGCUCCAUGGUUCAGCACUUCAAGGUCACCAUCUUUGGCGACCAACUUCCAGUUUACGACGGGAAGAGAAGCCUCUACACUGCCAAACCACUUCCUGUCGCCCCUUCUGGGUCUAUUACCCUUCAGGUGGAUUUGGAUGUAACCCUUCCAGGGGAAGGUGGGAAGGAUCGUCCCUUUAAGGUCAACAUAAGGUUCGUAUCAAUGGUGAGCUGGCAUCUGCUGCACGAGGUCCUGAUGGGACGCGGCGUGUCCGAACCGGUGGACCUGGACAAACCAGUCAGCAUCAACCCGGUGCACGCCGUUGAUGUUGUGCUGCGACACCUGCCCUCCAUGAAGUACACACCUGUUGGUAGAUCCUUCUUUUCUUCCCCGGAGGGCUACGACCAUCCACUUGGCGGAGGGAGAGAGGUUUGGUUUGGCUUCCAUCAGUCCGUGCGACCGGCCAUGUGGAAGAUGCUGCUCAACAUAGAUGUGUCAGCCACAGCUUUUUACAAAUCCCAGCCAGUCCUCCAGUUCAUGUGUGAGGUCCUGGACAUUCACAACAUUGACGAGCAGCCUCGCCCACUCACCGAUUCGCACAGGGUCAAAUUCACCAAGGAGAUCAAAGGGCUGAAAGUGGAGGUGACACACUGCGGAAGCAUGCGUCGGAAGUACAGAGUCUGCAACGUAACGAGGCGCCCUGCCACCCUUCAAACUUUUCCUUUGCAACUGGAGAAUGGCCAGACCAUUGAGCGCACGGUGGCGCAGUACUUCAGAGAGAAGUACAGUCUACAUCUCAGGUAUCAACACCUGCCUUGCCUGCAGGUGGGCCAGGAACAGAAACACACCUACUUGCCCUUGGAGGUGUGCAAUAUUGUUGCUGGUCAGCGCUGCAUUAAAAAGCUGACAGAUAACCAGACGUCCACCAUGAUAAAAGCAACAGCCCGCUCUGCUCCAGACAGACAGGAAGAGAUCAGCCGCCUGGUGCGCAACGCCAAUUAUGCAGCCGACCCAUUUGUCAAGGAGUUCCAGUUCCACAUACGUGACGAGAUGGCUCAGGUGACGGGCCGCAUCCUGCCUGCCCCCAUGCUGCAAUAUGGCGGCAGGGUGAGCUCUGAACCCUUCAUGAACCGCACAGUGGCCACGCCCAGUCACGGAGUGUGGGACAUGAGGGGGAAGCAGUUUCACACCGGAGUGGACAUCAAGACAUGGGCCAUUGCCUGUUUCGCCACCCAGAGGCAGUGCCGUGAAGAGAUUCUCAAGAGCUUCACUGACCAGCUACGGAAAAUCUCAAAGGAUGCUGGGAUGCCCAUCCAGGGCCAACCGAGUUUCUGUAAAUAUGCCCAAGGUGCCGACAGUGUGGAGCCCAUGUUCAGACACCUGAAGAACGCUUACCUGGGUCUUCAGCUGAUCAUCGUAAUCCUCCCUGGCAAAACGCCUGUCUACGCUGAGGUAAAGCGGGUAGGAGACACCCUCCUUGGCAUAGCCACUCAGUGUGUGCAGGUGAAGAAUGUCGUGAAGACCUCACCGCAGACCCUGUCCAACCUCUGCCUCAAGAUCAACGUCAAACUCGGAGGGAUCAAUAACAUUCUAGUUCCUCACCAACGACCCUCUGUGUUCCAGCAGCCCAUCAUCUUCCUCGGGGCUGACGUCACUCACCCUCCAGCAGGGGAUGGCAAGAAGCCAUCUAUUGCGGCGGUGGUCGGCAGCAUGGACGCCCACCCCAGCAGGUACUGUGCUACCGUGCGAGUCCAGCGGCCCAGACAGGAAAUCAUCCAAGACCUGGGCUCCAUGGUGCGAGAGCUCUUGAUCCAGUUCUACAAAUCUACUCGCUACAAGCCGACCAGGCUGAUCUUUUACAGGGAUGGUGUCUCCGAGGGCCAGUUCAGACAGGUGUUGUAUUAUGAGCUACUCGCCAUCAGGGAGGCGUGCAUCAGUCUGGAGAAGGAAUACCAGCCUGGGAUCACUUACAUUGUUGUACAAAAACGACAUCACACACGUCUCUUCUGUGCUGAUCACACCGAGCGGGUUGGGAGAAGCGGAAACAUUCCCGCCGGCACGACGGUGGACACGGACAUCACUCACCCUUAUGAGUUUGACUUUUAUCUCUGCAGCCAUGCUGGAAUCCAGGGCACAAGCAGGCCGUCGCACUACCACGUGUUGUGGGACGACAACUGUUUCACCGCCGAUGAGUUCCAGCUCCUCACCUACCAGCUGUGCCACACCUACGUGCGCUGCACGCGCUCAGUCUCCAUCCCAGCACCCGCCUACUACGCCCACCUGGUGGCCUUCCGUGCACGCUACCACCUGGUGGACAAAGAUCAUGACAGCGCGGAGGGCAGCCACGUCUCCGGGCAGAGCAACGGCAGAGACCCUCAGGUGCUGGCCAAAGCGGUGCAGAUCCACCACGACACGCUGGGGACCAUGUACUUCGCCUGAGCACGCCCAGGUCCCCGCCUUCCAGAUGCCACAGCAGCUCGGUACGUGUGCGUUUUUUGGAGAGGAAAGCAAAAGCACCGGAUUUGAAUAUUCUCACAUGAAACUGCUGGCUCAUCCUCAAAGCAGGAUUCUGCAAACAAACGGUCGCCUUAGCGUGAAUGUUUGAAGCAAGUGUCUGUUUGUUGCCUUACUGUGAAUGAUUUCUUCUGUAAGCCAGCUGGAGUCGUGUGUGUGCGUGUUCUCUUAAAAUCCCAAAGUUUUAUACCCUUUUUAAAGUAAAAUCAGUCACCUUUGCAGAAGCAGGGCCAAGUAGAGCAGUAACUUUGGCUCUGUGGUGAAUUCAAGUGCCUGAUCUGACUAGAUAGUGGAAGUCUGCUGCUGCUGCUGAGAGAAUGUUGUCCUCCUUCCCCCAAAAUGCAUGCAACACACUUGAAAGUGCUUACACAGUAUAUUCCCUGCACCUCAAGUGUCAAAGCAUCAAUCUUUUACUCCCAAUUUGUCACAUCAAAGGCGUGUCUCGGCGGUGUGUUUUUUUUUUUUGUUUUUAAAUAAGCGUUUUUAAUCUUUUCUGAUAGCUUACUGGACAUGUCCCUUCCGCUUGGUCCAAAGAUGUGGCAUAUUUAAAUAUUUAUGUAAGAGGGGCAUCAUGUGUUGUUGGUCUGGUCAGUUUCCAAAGUGCUUCAUGCAAUACACACUCAGCACCGUUAAGUUAAAACUUGUGUAGUGUGUGCCUUUUUUGUCAUGAUGCUGAAAGAUACUCUUCACAAGUUUUGAUUAUGACAAUACUGUAUGGAGAGAUUGUGUGUGUGUGUCCGCCAUAUGCCAAUAACGAGAUAUAUAUAUGCAGAGUGUGUCAAUAUGACGCUGACAGGACCAAAAGCAGUGCAGGGGGGGCAUGAAAGUAGCUAAACAGCAACCUCAUGUGUUCAUUCUACUGCCUGGUAGAUGUUUGGACAGCAAUAACAAAGAUGGAGGAUGUCUGUGAACUUGUACACUUUUUGUUUUUUUUCUCCUCAUCUAACAUGAGAUUUAUGAUCUCUCACAGAAAUAUCCACUGUUGUCAUAUCACACAAAAUUACUGUUUUUUUUGUUUUUUUUUUCUCUCUUCCAGAUUUUUAAACGUAAAACUAAAGACUGUUUUUGUCUAACACUUGCCUGGUCUUGAUGUAAGCCUUAUUUGCUUUUCCUAUUUAAUUUUUUUAAUAAAUAUACUUUUCAAAAAAAA